AUGCCCGAUUUCAAUCAGCGAAAAGACGAAAUCACCCAGCAGUUGAUCGCUGCAGCGGAGAAUGCCGGGUUCUUCACAUUGGUGGACCACGGAAUAACAAUUGAAGAGAUUGAACGUCAAUUCUCUAUAUCCAAAAAGUUUUUCGAUCUCCUAGAAGAAAUCAAGGGUAAGACGCCUGACGACACAAAAUCCAACAACGCCUGGGAGUACAUGGCUCAACUAUGCCCAAGCACUGGGACAUAUGAUCAAAAGGUGUCUCUAUGGCUACAGCGCAACUCUGAGUGA